CUCUUUCUGAUUUCCCGUCAGUUCGAGCAAUGUUUUAUUGACAUUUUCAUCUAUCAGUUGUGUGAUUUUUAUGUGCAAUUUUUUGCAUUUUACUUAUUUAUUUAUCACACAUUUUUAUAUUUUAUUACAUCAUUUCAUCGUUGAACUAUGGCACGAAAAAAAGGUGACGAUAUAUCCAACUUAUUAGGCAAAUGUGACAAGUUGAAGUCUAAACACAAUCAUCCACCCAUACUUGAACAAAUCAUGAAAACAUAUCUGACCGAAGAUUUAAUGGAUACUUUUAAAAUCAAGGAGAAAAAAAGAAAAUAUUUGAAGGUUUUAUUAGCUGAGCAAGCUAAAGAAACUGGAGAAAAAUCAUCUAAAGUACCCAUAUUACCGCUUACACCAACCAUUCCGGUUUUGAAUAUAGCUCAUGAAAUAAUGAGGAAAAAUGCUGAAAGGUGUCCAAUUUCUCCGAUGAGCAGAUUUUUCGAGCAAGAUGUCAGAAAUAUGAUUAAAGGAAAGAAUUUGGAAAAAAAAUAUCCAAAAAUUGUUGAUUCUAUAAUAUUAGAAAUUCGGGACAUAUUCAUUACGAUGACCCAUAAUGCAGGAGUCGAUUUGAAAGUAAAACCCUAUGAUGGUUCACUCACUAGAUUUAAACCGGCUCCUUAUAAAUACAUGGGAAAAACUGAAAGAUAUCAGAUAUUUUUAAAACGGAGAGAGGAGCUAAAAUCUAAAUGGGUGUUAUACUACCCACUGAUAAAGAAAGUCCAUCAGGAAUGUGUAGAGCGUUUGCCUGAAAUGAUCCUUGAUGUUGGUGUUUAUCAUUAUCCUGAGGUAUUAGAACUUCAAGAAUUAGCUUCUAAAUUCAGUGAACUUUCAGUAGGUGUUAGUAAAAUUUUGGACAAUCUUCGCAAUAGAAUCAUACUGAUGAUAGAAAAUGAUAAAACCAGAAUUCAAAAAUCUCAUGUCAGGCAUUAUUAUGAAGCAAUUACUACUUUACAAGCCUUACAUGUUUCUAACUGUAUUAGUCGUAUAUUGGAGCACAUUGUUGAUGUAUCUGGAUGCAAGAGAAGAGUACCUUUCAUGAAAUUAACGAUUCAUUUUAAAGGUGGAUUGUUGCUGAAGCCUUCCUCUAGCGAAACAAGCUGCAUAUAUAAAGAUUUCAUGAAGCAACUAGUUGAAGUUGGAAAAGGUUACCAAACUAUAGAAAGAAGGCAAAAACAGAUAAUUGAAAGAUUCAUCCACCUCAACAUUACAAAUGAUUAUUUUGAGGAUGUGGCAGCUCGAAUGAGAUCCAACAUCCAAAACCUUUACAAGCCGGUGAUGGAUUAUAUAAAAGAAUUGGACACUCAAUUUUCAACUAUUUACAGAGAUAUUGAUAAAGGAGAUACAAUUUCCCAACAAACUGAGAUGACCUUUGAAAGCGGAUGUGAUUUAAUACAACACUACGAUAACUAUUUCCAGAAAGCAAGUAACAUACAGUGUGCAGAACAUUUUUCUGUUGGGCAGUUAGUUGUAUCUGAAUACAUCAGAACCUUGAGAGAAUCUUUGUUGGGAGUGAUGGAAGAUAUUUUUGUGCAACUAUGUGAAAUUCAUGAAUUGGAAAACGAAGCUAUAAUAGAGGAAUUCAAUGAAGUCACAAGGAGAGCACUUCAAAGACCAUCUUCAACAGAGGAGCUUAUACAGCAAGGGAAGUAUAUGAUUGAAGUGAAAACCGUAAUUCUAACGCAUUUAAGAGAAAGAAUUCAAAAACUUCUGAGUGGUUUGGCUAAAAUAAUGGAUUAUGGUGUUUUAACAAAAGAACACAUGGCACUAAAUGCUAGGACUAUUAAAUGGUUGGAGGAUAUCGAGGGCGUUCUGGAACAGAAUUCAGCAAUGUACGAGGGUAUUAAGUAUGAAGCAGAAGAAAGGGUCCAUAAGAGUAUCGCUGAAAUUAAAAGGAGAAAUAAGGAUAUUAUUCCUAAAUUGAACAUUUUCAACAAAAUGGAUGAUAUCAAAAUGGCCAGGCAGUAUAUUAUGGAGAUGGCACCCAUUAUGGACGAAUUGAGAGAUAUCAAAACCCAAAUUGAAUGGACUAAUAGGGAGGAGGCUUGCUUGGGAUUUGCCUUAUCGGAAUACCCAGAGUAUGCUGCACUCACUGCAUUUGUCUAUCCUUUUUAUCACCUCGUCAAAAUGUGUCUGAACUUGAUACGUAAAACUACUGUAUGGUUAGAUGGACAGUUCGAAUUUCUCAAUUAUGAAGAGACUGAGACGUUCAUCGAAGACAAUAAUAAGGAAUAUCUGAAACUAUUCAAGCUAUACAAGACUAAAAUAAGACUAGCCCAGCAAGAGAAAUCGCCUUUAACAUUCAAGGGGAUAUCUGAAGAUGUCGAUUCAAAUAAUUGGCCGUCACCUCUGAAGUUAUGCAGUCAGUCGGUGCUUUUGAUCAAAGAAUUCCGACCAGCUAUGACUAUGAUGCGAAUAAUGUGUAAUGAUGCUUUACUGAAACGCCACUGGAAAGAUAUGUCAGAUAUAGCAGGAUUCGAUCUGACUCCAAAUGCGGGCACUUCGUUAAGAAAAAUGCUACAUAUGGGACUGGAACCAGACAUAGACCAAUAUGACGUUAUCAGUAACGGUGCCACAAAAGAACGAGAACUACUCACUAAUUUAACAAAGAUGAAAGCUGAAUGGCAAGAGAUCAAAUUCAAAGUGGGGCAAUAUAAGGAAACUGGACUGCCCAUUUUAACAGCACUGGACGACAUACAAGUAGUUUUAGAUGACCACAUCAUAAAAGCAUUAACGAUGAGAGGAUCAGUGUUCGUUAAACCAUAUGAGGCUGAGGUUAAAGAAUUUUAUGCUAAGCUUGUAAGGGUGAACAGCACAAUAGAAGAGUGGGGAAAGGUUCAAGCUCAGUGGUUGUAUUUAUUACCAAUAUUCUCAUCGAAAGACAUCGUAGCCCAAAUGCCAGAAGAAGGGCUACUUUUUAGAGAAGUUAAUGACACUUUUAAAAAAUACAUGGAGGCUGUGGUGCUUGAGCCAAGAGUAAUAGAAACGGCAGGAUCUAUGGGUGUCCUGGAAGCAAUGCAACACUGCUUAGAGUUAUUAGAACAAAUCAAUGAGGGUGUUUCCAAUUACUUGGAAAGAAAGAGAUUAUUUUUCCCAAGAUUUUUCUUUUUAUCCAAUGAUGAGAUGUUGGAAAUUUUAUCUGAAACUAAAGAUCCUCUCAGGGUGCAGCCACACUUGAAAAAAUGUUUUGAAGCUAUAAACAGUUUACAAUUCGAUGAAGUACUUGCAAUACACGAAAUGAUAAGUCAAGAAGGUGAAAGGGUCAAGUUCAAAAACAUUGUUAGCACUAAGGAAGCUGGGGGUAGCGUAGAAAAAUGGCUCAUAUUGGUGGAGGAUCAAAUGAUAGUUUCUAUCAGAGAUCAAAUAAUCAAGAGCAAUAGGCAUUAUAGUAUGGUUCCAAGAACCCAGUGGAUAACCAAAUGGCAGGGUCAAAUUGUGUUGUGUGUGUCACAAAUGCAGUGGACAGCAGAUGUACAUAAAUCUUUGAACCAUCAUGAAGGUUUCACCAUUCCAGAUUACGCUGCCAGCCAGGCAGAGCAACUGAAAGAUACUGUAGCACUCAUUCGAGAUCCCAAACUAUCCAACUUGAACCGUAUCACCAUCAAAGCUCUGAUCGUAAUCGAUGUCCAUGCUAAAGAUGUUGUGGAGGAGCUCAACAAAAAAGGUGUCAGUAGUGAUAAGGAGUUCAAGUGGUUGUCCCAGCUGAGGUAUUAUCUGGAAGAUGAUGAAUCGUUAGUGAGACUGAUAAAUGCUACAGUGAAAUAUGCAUACGAAUAUUUGGGUAAUUCUGAUCGUUUGGUCAUAACACCUUUGACAGACAGAUGCUACAGAACUCUGAUUGGUGCUUAUCAUCUACAUUUGAAUGGUGCACCUGAAGGGCCUGCUGGAACCGGUAAAACCGAGACAACAAAAGAUUUAGCGAAAGCUCUCGCUGUUCAGUGUGUCGUCUUCAAUUGUUCUGAUGGUUUAGAUUACAAGGCUAUGGGUAAAUUUUUCAAAGGAUUGGCUUCUUGCGGUGCAUGGGUGUGUUUUGAUGAGUUCAACAGAAUCGAUAUCGAAGUAUUAUCUGUCGUGGCUCAACAGAUAUUGUCUAUAGUUCUGGCUGUGAGGGCCAAAGCAAAAACAUUCCUCUUUGAAGGAACUGAAUUGAGAUUGAAUCCUGCUUGUUAUGUCUGUAUAACCAUGAAUCCUGGAUAUGCAGGAAGAUCAGAGCUGCCAGAUAAUCUGAAAGUGCUUUUUAGAACAGUAGCCAUGAUGGUACCGGAUUAUGCUAUGAUAGGAGAAAUUUCACUCUACUCGUUUGGAUUCAUUGAUGCCAGAAACUUAUCAGUGAAAAUUGUAACAACAUACAGGCUUUGUUCUGAGCAACUGUCGUCACAGAACCACUACGAUUAUGGUAUGAGAGCCGUGAAAUCCGUAUUAUCAGCCGCUGGUAAUAACAAAAGAGCGUUUCCUAACGAAAAUGAAAGCAUAUUGCUACUUCGAGCUAUUUUAGAUGUAAAUUUACCAAAGUUCUUGAGCCACGAUUUACCCCUAUUCUCUGGAAUAAUAUCCGAUCUUUUCCCCGGCAUAAUUUUACCUCAAGCAGACUAUAAACUGUUCACAAGGACCAUGGCUAUGUGCUGCAAGGAGAGAAAUCUUCAACCGAAAGAUACUUUUGUUGUUAAAGUAAUUCAAACGUAUGAGAUGAUGAUAGUCAGGCAUGGAUUCAUGAUAGUGGGACAACCAUUCGCCGGAAAAACCUCGACUUUGAAAAUAUUGGCCGACACUUUGACAGCCCUCAAUCUGAAAGGUAUCAAAGAAGAGAAGGUCCAGUACAAAUUCCUCAAUCCCAAGGCAAUAACAAUGGGCCAAUUAUACGGAGAGUUCGAUCCCAUUUCUUACGAAUGGUUCGACGGUGUCGUAUCGAAUACGUAUAGGGACUUUACAGUUGCUCCCGAACCUGAUAGAAAGUGGAUAAUUUUCGAUGGCCCCGUAGAUGCUGUUUGGAUAGAAAACAUGAACAGCGCCCUGGACGACAACAAGAAACUUUGCCUGAUGUCUGGCGAAGUUAUGGCGAUGACGUCUUCGAUGUCUUUGAUCUUCGAGGUUAUGGAUUUGGAACAAGCCUCCCCGGCGACGGUGUCUAGAUGCGGAAUGAUAUUCAUGGAACCUACGUCAUUGGGGUGGAGACCCCUAUUGGACUCCUGGCUGCCAAAUCAAAGCCCGGAAUGGUGUAGCCCGGAUAAACGGAAGUUCAUAAUCGAUUUGUUCGAAUGGCUCGUACCGCCAUGCCUUCAUUUCGCACGAAAAAAAUGCAUAAUGUUCUGCAACCCCGGCGACAUAUGUCUGGUGAAAAACACGAUAAACUUGAUGCAGAUGUACCUUGACGACGCUUGCGAGAAAAGCACGAAGAAAGAGGAAGAUUUCAAAUACCUGAGACAAUGGACGGAGGCAACCAUGAUCAUGUCGAUCACCUGGGGUAUGGCUGGAAUCUUAGACGCCGAUUCCAGGGUGAAAUUCGACGAGUUCGUGAAGAAACUCUUUUCCAACCAAAAUCCGAAGUAUCCAGUACCAGAAUCUAUUGGACAAAUUGAAGUAAUGAUACCUCAGGACAACGUAUUGACCGAGUACGCUUUUAUUUAUAAAACGAAGGGGGCUUGGAAGUACUACCCGGAAUCCGUCAAAUAUAAGAGGGUUGAAGAUGCAAGCAAUCUACAACAAGUCCUGAUACCAACCAUCGAUACUUCAAGAUAUAUGUCUCUAAUGAAGCUUCACAUAAAAAAUAAACAACCCUUUCUACUGGUAGGUCCCACUGGUACCGGUAAAAGCUUCUACAUUCAAGACUUGAUACUGAAUAAAAUCGAGAAGGAACUCUACGAGCCAGGGUUCAUAACCUUCACCGUACAAAUAAGCUGCAAUCAAACUCAAAACUUGAUAAUCUCGAAAUUGAAUAAGAGAAGAAGGGGCAUCUACGGUCCUCCGAAAGGAAAACUGGCUGUUCUGUUCAUAGACGACGUCAACAUGCCCCAAAAGGAGGUGUAUGGCGCCCAACCCCCCAUCGAACUGCUCAGGCAAUUUUUCGACCACAAGAACUGGUUCGAUUUGAAGACCACCGAACCGAUCUACAUGCUGGACGUAAUGUUCUGCGCUGCAAUGGGCUUGGUGGGCGGCAGCAGGCAAGAGAUUUAUGCCAGGUUCCUCAGGCAUUUCAGCAUCUUGUCGAUCAACGAGUUUAGUCAGGAGAGCAUGGCGAAGAUUUACGUGAACAUACUGCACGUCGGUUGGAAGAACAACGGUUUUCCCAGCGAUAGCAUCAACAUGGUCAAUCAGAUCGUGAACGCCAGUCUGGAGAUUUACAGAAAUGCCAUCGAGAACUUGAGACCGACACCGUCCAAGAGCCAUUACGUGUUCAAUUUGAGGGAUUUCUCGAGAUUGAUACUUGGAGUGGCGAUGCUGAGGAGGGAAUCGGUUACAGAAGAAACUGGAAAGAAAAUCUAUCCGAGGAUAUGGGUCCACGAGGUUUUAAGAAUAUUUUACGACAGACUGAUAGAGGAAACCGACAAGGAAUGGUUGUUCAACAGAAUAAAAAUCAUAGUUAGGGAUUUCUUCAGGGACUCCUUCGAGAGUGUAUUCGAUAAUUUACCAAAAAGUUCUACCAAUGAAAUAACUCAAGAAUCCCUGAAGGGUUUGAUGUUCGGAACAUAUUUCGAUCAGGAUUCCGCUGAGGAAGAACGGAAAUACGAACAAGCGUCCAACAUUCAAGCCUUCGCAGACAUGGCACAAAACUUCCUAGACGAUUACAAUUCAUCGCACAAGAAUAAGAUGGACGUUGUCCUUUUCGAUUACGCCCUGGAGCAUCUCUCGAAAAUUUGUAGAAUACUGACAAUGGCCAGCGGCAGUGGUCUCUUAGUAGGAAUAAGUGGUUCUGGAAGGCAAUCACUAACAAGAUUAGCAAGCGAAAUAUUUCAGCUCAAGUUGUUCCAACCAGAAAUUACCAAAAACUACGGUUUGAAUGAAUGGCGCGAUGAUAUAAAAAAGGUUCUGAAGGAAUCUGGCGGUGCUGGUAGAAACUGCGUCUUUCUCAUAUCUGAGGAACAGAUAAAAGAAGAAGUUUUUUUGCAAGACAUCGAUUGUCUCUUAAACUCAGGCGAAGUACCUAACAUUUAUCAAAUUGAUGAAAAACAGGAAAUUCUAGACAUGGUUAGAUUAGCCGCGCAAGGUGGCAACAGAAACCUCGAUAUAAGCGCACUAACCAUAUUUUUCUUCUUCACGAGACGCUGCAGGGAGAAACUCCAUAUUCUUUUAUGUUUCAGUCCUGUAGGUUCUACUUUCAGAAAUCGUUUGAGACUGUUUCCUUCCCUGAUCAACUGUUGUACGAUAGACUGGUUCGAACCAUGGCCAGAAACAGCUUUACAAGAAGUGGCGCGGACAUGGAUGGGAGACGUUAAUUUGACAGAAGAGGUUAAAAGCUAUUGCGUCGUAGCUUGCCAAUAUUUUCACGUUCAAGCCAGCACAGCCUCUACGGAAUUUUUCCAGAACAUGGGUCGUAAAACGUACAUAACUUCAGCUUCAUAUCUAGAAUUGAUCAAAUCGUUCACGAUUUUAACAAACACGAAACAGCAAGAAUUAAUGAAGGCAAGAAACAGAUAUCUUGGGGGCUUGGAAAAGUUGAAGCAUGCUGCCGCUUCCAUAUCAGUUAUGCAAACCCAGUUGGCAGAAUUACAACCCCAAUUGCAAGUAAUGAGCGUUAAAGCUACCGAAAUGAGGACUCAGAUUGAAGCUGAAACAGUUUCGGUCGAAAAAGCAACUGCCUUAGUGAAAGAAGACGAAAAAAUAGCAAAUAGACAAGCAGCAGCUGCCCAACUUCUAAAGAAAGAAUGCGAGGCAGAUUUAGCAGAAGCAAUUCCAAUUCUCAACGAGGCAUUAUCCGCUUUAGAUACAUUGAAACCAGCGGACAUUACCUUGGUCAAAUCGAUGAAAAAUCCCCCGGCAGCAGUUAAAUUAGUAUUAGCAGCUGUUUGCAUCAUAAAAGACAUAAAACCAGACAGAGUGCCAGAACCUGGAACUGGACGAAUGGUGUUAGAUUUUUGGGGGCCAAGCAAAAGGAUGCUUGGCGACAUGAACUUCCUACAGGGGCUUAAAGAUUUCGAUAAGGACAACAUAAAGCCUGAAAUUAUAGGACGAAUACGAAAAGAAUUUCUACCUAACAAAGAUUUCAGACCAGAAGUGGUAGCUAAAGCCUCUAGCGCCGCUGAGGGUUUGUGUAAAUGGAUCAUAGCCAUGGAUAAGUACGAUAAAGUGUGGAAGAUAGUGGCCCCUAAGAAGGCCAAAUUAGACGCAGCUGAGAAGGAAUUCGCGGAAACUAUGGCAAUUUUAACAGCCAAAAAGAACGAAGUAGCUAGAUUAGAAGCUGCUUUAGCCGUUUUAAAUGAACAGCUCGACGUGGCUAUAAAAAAGCAAACGGAACUGCAGGAUAAUGUCGAUUUGUGUAACGCAAAACUUUUCCGUGCCCAAAAACUGAUCGGCGGUCUUGGGGGUGAAAAAACACGUUGGACAGAGGCAGCGGAUAAUCUGCUCUUGAAAUAUGAAGGGUUGGCGGGAGACAUUUUGAUAUCGGUCGGGAUUAUAUCGUAUUUAUCCGCCUUCAACGCGCAGUACAGACAAAAAAUUAUAGUUAAAUGGCAUAAAUACGUCAGAGACUUGAAAAUCCCAUGCUGCGAGGAAUUCGACUUCAUAUCGAUUCUUGGAGUUGAUGUCCUGAUUCAAAAUUGGUACAUUUACGGACUACCACGCGAUACGUUCUCAACUGAAAACGGUAUAAUCAUGGCCAAUUCGCGCAGAUGGUCUCUUUUUAUAGACCCUCAAAGUCAAGCGAGCAGUUGGAUCAAAAAGAUGGAGAAGAGAAAUGAUCUAGUCGUUGUUAAAUUUUCCUAUCCGGAUUACAUGAAGCGUAUCGAGGUAUGCAUACAAACGGGUACGCCAGUUCUGAUCGACGGUAUCGAGGAAACUUUGGAAGCACCUCUAGAUCCCAUUUUGUACAAGAAGGUAUUCAAGCAAGCCGGCAUGGAAGUUAUAAGUUUGGGCGAAAAUGUCAUUGAAUACAACAAGAAUUUCAAAAUGUAUAUGUGUUCAAAGUUCAGAAAUCCACAUUACCUUCCAGAAAUUUUCAACAAGGUGACCAUUGUUAAUUUCGCUCUGACUCUGGAUGGACUUCAAGACCAGUUAUUGGGAAUAGUUGUAGCUGUUGAAAAUCCGGAUUUACAGCAGCUCAAAGAGGAGCUCAUAGUUCAAAAAGCCGAAAAUAAAGCAGCUCUGCUAAGGGUCGAAGAAAAUAUUUUGAGAACAUUAGCUGAAUCCAAAGGGGAUAUACUUGAAGAUGAGAGUGCAAUCAAAGUGUUGGACGAAUCACGUAUACUAUCUGUAGAGAUCACUGAAAAACAAGAAAAAUCUUUGGAGAUCGAGAAAUCCAUUGAAGAAUCAAGGGUUAAAUACACUGGAGUAGCUCAACACUCAUCUGUCCUUUAUUACUGUAUCUCAGAUCUUGCCAAUGUCGAUCCGAUGUAUCAAUAUUCUCUGGAAUGGUUUAUAAAUCUUUAUAUUGGUUCCAUCCAAAAAGCAGAAAAAUUCAGGCUUAUUGAGAAAAGAUGCCAAAGUUUAAUCAAUGGCUUCACUUUCGAUUUAUACUCCAACAUAACAAGGUCGUUGUUCGAAAAAGAUAAACUUCUAUUCUCAUUCCUCCUCUGUGCUAAAAUACUGAUUUUCCAAAAGAAACUACAAGAGAGCGACUUGGUAUUUCUAUUGACUGGAGGCGUGAGUGUUGAAAACCAUCUAGAAAAUCCCACAAAUUGGUUACCUACUAAAUCCUGGGAUGAACUUUGCAGGGCGGCAGAAAUACCAGCGUUCCACGGUUUGAUUGAACAUUUUACAGAUCAUCACAACACGUGGAAAAAGUUAUAUGAUCACAUAGAACCUCAAACUGUAGAACUUGCUCCUCCUUGGAAUGAGAGUCUGAGCAACUUCAUGAAGUUGAUAAUAAUUCGCCUCUUCCGACCAGAUAAAAUACUCAUCGCAAUAGCACAAUUCGUUAAAAAUGAAAUGGGGGAGAAAUUCAUAAUGCCUCCACAGUUCAAUAUAGCAUUAUCUUUCGCCGAAUCUUACAGUUUGAGCCCUCUAAUAUUUAUUCUAUCACCUGGUACAGAUCCCAUGUCCGCCCUAGUCAAAUUUGCGGAAGACAGAAAAUUUACAGAAAGGUUUCAAUCUAUUUCUCUGGGCCAGGGUCAAGGUCCUAGAGCGGCAGCCAUGAUCGAAGCAGCACAAGGUGAAGGGUGUUGGGUAUGCCUGCAAAACUGCCAUCUUGCAACUUCCUGGAUGCCCACAUUGGAAAAGAUAUUCGAAGAUAUCGAUUACAGCAAUACCCACGAAUUCUUCAGACUCUGGCUGACCAGUUAUCCAUCAGAUAAAUUUCCAGUUACCCUUCUACAAAAAGGGGUUAAAAUGACCAACGAGCCACCAACAGGUCUGCAACAAAAUUUAUUGAAAUCAUAUACGAGUGACCCCGUCAAAAACCCGGAUUUCUUCAAUGGAUGCCCAGGAAAAGAGGCUAUGUUUGCUAGGUUAUUGUACGGAGUUGCUUUUUUCCAUGCUGUGGUGCAAGAGAGGCGUACUUUUGGUCCUUUAGGCUGGAAUAUCCCCUAUGGUUUCAAUGACUCCGAUUUUGACAUAUCUGUACAGCAGGUUAGGAUGUUUAUAAAUGAGAGUGAGAAUCCCUACGAAGCAUUAUCAUACCUGAUAGGAGAGUGCAAUUAUGGAGGACGUGUAACAGAUGAUUGGGACAGAAGACUUAUUGUAACAAUUCUAGAAGAUUUUCUCAGCCCUCAGGUCGCUAAUAAUGCAGCAUAUCGUUUUGUUAAAAUAACAGCAUCCUACUAUGGACUACCAAAAGAAAAUAGUUAUGACGAUUAUGUAAAUCAUAUAAAUUCUAUGCCACAAGUACAUCCUCCUGAAGCCUUUGGCCUUCAUACAAACGCGGGAAUAACAAAAGAUCUUCAAAAUUCAAAUAUGCUUUUGAACUCGGUUCUUAAAGCAUACGGAGAAAGUAGCACAGGUGGUGGAGAAGAUGUUGAUAAAUAUUUGAUGCUUCUAACAGGAGAUAUACUAGGAAAACUUCCUAAUGUGUUUGAUAUUGAGACAGCAAAAACGAAUUAUCCUGUUGUGUAUAAUGAAUCUAUGAAUACUGUUCUUGUACAAGAAAUGGAACGAUUCAAUAAGUUACUAUUGGUGAUCAGGGCAUCAUUGGUAAAUUUGCAGAAAGCAAUAAAAGGGCUUGUGGCCAUGUCUCCAGCUGUAGAAGCAUUUUCAACAUCAUUGAUGCUUAGCAGAAUACCUUCUAAUUGGAUGGGGGUCUCGUAUCCAAGCUUGAAAAACUUGCCAGAUUAUAUUGCAGAUUUCAUAAAACGAAUUGAUUUCCUUCAAAAAUGGUUUGAAGAAGGAAAACCAAAAUCUUAUUGGGUAUCUGGCUUUUUUUUCACCCAAGCUUUUCUCACAGGAGUUAAGCAAAAUUAUGCAAGAAAAUAUACAAUUCCCAUUGACAAACUUACAUAUGACUUUGAAGUUCUGAAAGAUGAAAAUUUUGCAAGUGCUCCUGCAGAUGGAGCUUACAUUUAUGGACUAUUCACUGAUGGUGCCAGAUGGAACAAACAGCUACGUGUCUUGGAUGAACUGCAGCCAAAAGUUUUGAAUGAAGCAAUGCCUACUAUUUGGGUAAAACCAAUAAAGUUGGAUGAUUUGAAGCAGAAGGGUCGAUACACAUGUCCCGUGUAUAAAACUUCAACAAGAAGAGGUGUUCUUUCCACAACAGGACAUUCCACGAAUUACGUCUUGCCAAUACUAUUAGAAACUAAACAAAAUUGUUCUCACUGGAUAAAGAGAAGUGUGGCCCUAUUAUGUCAGUCAGACUGAUGUAAGAUAUUGUAUAUGUAUAUAUUAUUAAAAUUAUGUAUCAGUUAGGUACGAAAAAUAUGUUUUUUUGAAUGUUUUCAAAUAAUUUUAUUAAACUUUUUACUUAUAUACACUAUA